GGGAGAAUGGUUCGGGAAGAAUUCCAUGCAACGAUGCGCAGAAUUUUUUUAAGUGUGUGGUGAUCGGUUUCUAAACCAGGCAAUGCUCUCUGGUGUGAAGCAUUCCGAGGCCGGUUUCGUGCCAGAAUGACAAGAACGUGGGAUUAUCUCUUUGAGAAACAGCUGGUGGGGAACGCAAGGGACGGGGGCGUGGGCGGCGAACACGGCAUGAGUGUAGGCAAUUGCUAACCAGGACAUGAGUCGCGAGGACUGCCGAUUGUGUGAGAAGGUGUCGCAAGAAAGUCUAGCUCGCUUCUCACUUCUCUUGAGAUUGUACGCACAGCUUUGUCAAAAGCAAUGGAUUGCAUGAGACUGUAGCAGUACUUCGGGCCAUAACCGCACACCGCGCAUUCGUCGGCGUUUCAUUAAGGAAUUAAUUGUCUUCUUUUCUCUCUUUUUGAGGUACUGGGUUGGUGAAUGUAGGUGUUGGGGGUGAAGUUUAGAGGUAGAGAUUAACGCGAAGAAUUCUCUCAUGGGGUUGAAGCUGAAGCGGAUGCAAGGGAUGUCACAUGAAUAGUUGCAGUUUUUGGUCAUUUGAGUUUCGGGAGGAUACUCAUUGAAUUCUACACUAGGAGGGUUCAAGAUCUCACUGCUAGAUGUACGAGGAAUGGCGAUCUCUUCAUGAGGCGGUGGUAUUGACAGGGUAGCAAGGUUAAGAUGUGGGUGCUCAACGAUCAUAAGCCCGAGGAUUUCCAUUCCAUGGUGCAUUGCCAUAGUCAACGGAGGGAAGAAUCUUGAAGCAGUUGUUCGCAGCCGCAGAAGAUUGGCCAACCACGGGAGAAGAGGGACCGCUAUACCUCGCCGCAGGAAUGUUGAUCGAGGCGAGAGACUGGCAAAGUGACGCUGUGCGAUCCAUUCAGAUCGACGCCAGCCCCAAGAACACUGUUCUAGCUGUCAAGAAAGCCAUCGAGGGUAGUGAGAUCAUCGGAGCCAGCUUGCAACGGCUGUCCUACGGUGGUCGUCUGCUCAAGGAUGAAAGAGCGCUGGAGGAUUACCAGAUUGACAAUACUUCCACACUGCAGAUGUGGUGGUGUAAAUGCAUGGCUUGUCGGGCGUUGUCGGCUGAUCAGACGUUCCACACCAUGCGCAUUUACGUGGCGACACACAGGGAUCAGACAAUUCCUCUCACAGUGUGCCGAAACGGAUCCGUCUAUAGCGUAAAAGCCAUGGUGCGGGAAGAGGAGGGGACUCCUGCAGGAAGGCAGCGUUUGAUUUUCAACGAUGAGGAGCUUCGGAAUGGGAAAACUUUGAAUGAAUGUAACGUCGCCAAGGAUUGCGUCUUGCGAAUGGCGCCCACGGAGCCGGUUGGUCUCAUGCCGGUGAUGGUAUGUAUUGCCAUCCUGGACCGAACAAUCUCUCUGGAGGUUCGCAAGACUGACACAAUUCGCGACGUGAAGGCGGUGCUGCACCAAGUUGAGGGAAUUCCGCCAUACCAUCAGCGGCUAAAAUUGCGGUAUGGAUACGGGUUCUUCAACAGAGAUAUGAACAACGCAGAUUUGCCGGACGAUAUCACACUCGGGGAGCUGAACGUGAACCGGGGCGAUUCUUUCUUCCUUCUCCGUCGUCAGAAGCACCUCCCCGACUGCCCUUGUUUCGAAUGCUUCGGCAGCUCCUUCCACUUCUUUGUGAAGACCGUGGCCGGAAAGUCAUUAGUGAUUGAUUUGAAAAGCUUCCAUACCGUAGACGAUAUUAAGAGAAAGAUACAGAGCAAGGAAGGAAUUGCAGCUCACAAGCAGAAAUUACUCUUCGGUGACGUCGAGCUCCAAGACGACAAGACGCUCUUUGAGUAUGGCAUCGAGGUAGACUCCAUUUUGAGAUUGAUGGUUGUUAGUGGCGGAAAAUCGAGCUUUAGUAGCUUCUUCUCCAGAGUCACUGGCUCAGGGCAAUCGGCAAUCCUGCGAGUUGCGAGGCAUGCCAACCCGUACCAUUUCCCCCCCCAGUAGAAGACUCCCAUCAUAGGGAUUCCCUGCAAUUAGGGGUUUCGUUUUGUCUGAAAGAUCUCGAGACCUUCUGAGCCCGCGAUAGCGUGGAGCUCCAUCACGCCUGCUUGGCGUGCCGAGAUACGAUGUGCAGCAGUACAUAUCUGCGUUGCAUUCGUAGCAAUCAUCUCUGAAUCUAUUCGUAGGAGAUAAGCGUAUUUAGAUUAUUGUUUAUUCUCCAUGCUGAAAUGAACGGCAGUCGCACUGCUCGGAGAAGUCCUUGCAAAGCGAAUCUCCAUUUUGUCUCCAGCACUUGAUCAAUGAAAGCUCUCGCUAUCUAUAUGCCGAGAGACUGCUCUAUAUCGAGACCAGAC